CAAGAGGUCGUACGUGAACUGACAGGUGCUCUCCAGCUGACGUCGACAGGCAAUUAAAAGUCGGCGCCAUGUUAGAGCCAGAAGUAGGGGAAGAAAAGUGUUUUCUAUCCUCUGCCUGCACCGACUCACUAUGGAUUGUAUUUCAAGACGGAAACUUUUCUCAAAGCUGGACUUCCGGUCCAAACAGAAGGUGAUAAGUGAUGGAAGACUGAGCUAAAUGGUUGGCUUCAAACUACGGGACAGAAGAUUCGUUCUUUUUAAAUGUACUGGUACAAACGAAAAGACUCGCUGUGUGGAUGUCCUGCAAGAAACCGCCAUUACUGUUUUCUUUGUCUUUUAUUCUCAUCGUGUGAUAACGUCUGGACUAACUCGGGAUACUGUGACCUGAAACAUUUACAAAGAAGCUUCAGCAGACAUGAAAAAUCAGCCACGCACAUUCAAAGCCAGAUAUUUUUUUAACUUUUGGAAAUUCAAGGAUCGAUUUGGCAUUGGACGAGAAACGGAGACUAAACAUUAGCGUUCAACCGUCCACAAUGCUAAGAUGAGGGGAAACCGAGAGAUACAACCACGGACUUCAUCUAUAAGUAAAGGUAAGACUAAAAAUGGUUUUAAGUUUUUGUUUUUUGUUUUAAAUAAGUUGGGAGUAAAUAGAAAAAAAUCUGGUAUUUCUAGUCUAGUAUUUGUGCCCACGAGAUGGGUGGUCCCUCUCUAUCGCGGUUCUACUUUCGCUUCCUCAGUACAUCGCGGAUUUUUUUAAAUCCAAUCUCGCGACAUUAAAAAUGUUGAAUUUUAAAAUUGUAUUUAAUUUGAAUAUCCAGUCGCAAUGGCAGUGAGAUACAUUUAUACAGUUGGGCUUCAAGAUACGAGUUCCCCGAAAUACCAGUUAUUGUAGUUAACCCAGGAGACUCUGCUAGUGCCCGCUCCAUUUUGCCCAAAUUGUUAUGUACCGACCUCUGGUGGUGAAAAUAAUGAACAACAAAAUAAUAAUAGAGCGUAUAUUGGAAACGAACACUUUUAAAUACGUAUCAUACAUAGAUUGUGAUGAAUAAAUUAUAUCGUAUUCCAUUCACGUGUUACUUAAAUAGUUGUAUGGUCUUUUUAGUGAGUUAAUUUCAUUCUCAGGUGUACGAUAAUCCUCGUAUUUCAACGAUAAUGUUGUCCUCUGCAACAUCAAUAAUUCAAAAAAGGCCACUGUUUGUGUGAAUGUGUGUGUGUGUGUGGGGGGGUUCAGCCAAUUUGUUUCAGAACAAAUUUGGCAGAACACAUUUGGCUCCACAGUCAGCUAAGACCGCCCCAGGACACGGCGCGGUUUCGUCAUAAGUUGAGGGAUAUUUAAAACAUAAGCUGGAAAAACAUGUUCUGCUGAAAGAGACGUUAUGGCCGUAAUACAGCAUUCAUUGGUUGGUGUUAUUUUUAAGGGGAAUGGAGAAUUAAUGUUAGAUAAUGCCAGUUAGCAUCGCAUGGUAACUAAAGUGACCAUGCGUGUAUAUAGCGUACCCGCCGGCUUGUUAUUUUGGUCUUGACAAAUGAACAAUUGACUUGGACGGUAACAAUACAGAGCCCAUUUGACAGCACUGCAGCUGAUGUGGGCCAAACUAGACACUUUAGUGGAAAAAUAACGACAAUAAUUUAAAAUAAUUUAGAUCAACGCUGCAGCUGCUCGUAUGCCAUGAAGCGGCAACAGAUUGGAGAUACUUCAGGAUGACAAAAUAAAAAACAAAAACAGUCAGCUGAUGCGCGUCCGCGUGAGACGUCCCGUUCCCCGCACUUCCUGUGAACCUUUGAACAGCUCGCUUUCUUUCAAUGUGUAUGAGCAGAGAUGGCUGUUGGGUUUGUUGUUGUCUUUCUCGUCUCUGUCCCUCUGGUUAAAGCUGCUCCGCAGCCAAACAUCGUCUUUAUCAUGGCUGAUGACUACGGCUGGCACGAUAUUGGAUACCACGGCUCAGAGAUCCACACUCCUCACCUGGACAAGUUGUCAGCCAGCGGGGUUCGUCUGGAGAGAUACUACAUCCAACCAAUCUGCACCCCCUCCAGGAACCAGCUCAUGACCGGCAGGUACCAGAUCCACACAGGGAUGCAACAUUCGAUCAUCUUGCCCUGUCAGCCAUACUGUGUUCCUCUGGAGGAGAAGCUCCUGCCUCAGUACCUGAAGGAGGCAGGAUACAGUACUCACAUGGUGGGGAAGUGGCACCUGGGCAUGUACAAGAAGGACUGUCUGCCCACCCGCCGGGGAUUUGAUACGUACUUUGGCUACCUGUUGGGUUCUGAGGAUUAUUACGCACAUACCCGCUGCUACCAUAACGUUACACAUACAUCCUGUGCCCUGGACUUUAGGGACGGAGAAGAGGUGGCUAGUGAAUACAAAGGACAAUAUUCAGCUGAGAUUUUCAGCCAGAAAGCCGUCAGCCUUAUUGAGAAACAAGACCAUAACAAGCCCUUCUUCCUUUAUGUGUCACUUCAGUCAGUGCACGAGCCCUUGCAGGUUCCAGAUCAUUACCUAGAACCUUACGGAUUCAUCGAAGACCCGGACCGUAAAAUGUAUGCCGGCAUGGUGUCAGCCAUGGAUGAGGCCGUGGCCAACAUCACCGCGGCUUUACAGCGGACAGGACAUUGGGAAAACACAGUUCUUGUGUUCUCAACAGAUAAUGGAGGUCAGACAUUGUGUGGUGGCAGCAACUGGCCACUGCGUGGUAGAAAGGGAACACUAUGGGAAGGUGGAGUCAGAGGAGUUGGAUUUGUCGCUGGGCCACUACUGAAACAAAGUGGAACUGUCAACUACGAACUGAUCCACAUCUCUGAUUGGCUGCCUACAUUUGUUGCCCUGGCUGGAGGGAGCACUAACACUUCAAAACCCCUGGAUGGAUUCAACGUGUGGCCCACUAUCAGUUAUGGAGUUGCAUCACCCAGACUGGAGCUACUACACAACAUUGAUCCUCUCUAUACUAAUGGCAGGCUGUGUCCUAAAAGGAGGAACCUAACAUUGGCCAGUGGAGACUCUUGGAGCAGCUUUGGUUUCAACGUGUCCAUUCAUGCUGCCAUUCGAUCCUCCAACUGGAAGCUGCUGACUGGAGACCCAGGUUGUGACCAGUGGUUUCCACGGCCUGGUGACAACACCUCUGAUUCUAGUCAGCCUACAGAGAACCCACAGAAGCCUGUGCAGCUCUUCGACAUAAUAAAUGACCCAGAGGAGAGGAUUGAUCUCUCAGAUGAGUUUCCUGAGGUGGUGAAUCAUCUCCUCAGUAGGCUCAACCAGUACCAGAAAACUGCCGUGCCAGUAAACUUCCCCCCUAAUGACCCAAGGUGUGACCCAGGUGCUACAGGAGUCUGGGGACCGUGGGCUUAAGUGGAGAUGGUAGUGGUGAAUCUGUAUGAGAGAAAUUUCACCAUCUUUAAUUGGAUAACACAUGUAUUUUACUGUUUUAAGUGCCUUCUUGUGGUCAGGGUUUAAGGGUAAUUCAAUAAUCCAAUACCUGAACACUGUAAAUGACAAUGCAGGUUUUAAUAAAGAAUAUUGUAUGUGUUUUAUACCCUUAUAAAAUGCAGACGUUUGGGUGGAGUUUAAGUUUAAAGUAAUCCUGUGGUGGAGAAUAACAGGAAAAGCCAAGCACUGACAAGAAGAAGCUGUUGCUAUAUUUGGACAUGUUCAACAGGUCAAACUGACACCAGAAUAACAGGAAGACUGGAGACAGGAGAUAAGAACAGGUAAAGAUGACCUGGGUAAAUAAACAUGUUUAUCUGGUGACUAGCUGAAUGUGAGCCAAAUAUUAGGCAACAUCCUCAUGUUGGUGUCUGAAAGGUGUCUGACCAUGUUUGGUCAGACUAACAGCCAAAUGU